CAUAUUGCAAAGACGGAAAUCAUGUGAGCCACUGUUUUUUUUUUCUUGAUAAAAGAGAAUAUUAAUUAUGAGAGAUUAUUUAGAAGAAUUGGGAUAAAGAUGGAAGUGUUUGAUUGAGAAAGUUGAGAUGAUUGGAUGGUGAGGAGUUGCAUGAAAAUCAAAAAUAGAAAAAUGGUGGACGGAUGGUGUAAAAGAGAGGGAGAAGAAGCGAAAAGCAUGGAAAUCCAGUUGAAAGAAAUAAAAGUAUGGGAAUGGAGAGAAGGGUGUGAGAGAAUGAUGGAGGUGGAGCGUUCGUCGCUGUUCAACUGCGUCGUGAACUUUCUCCUGGAAGAGAACUACCUCCUCACCGCCUUCGAGCUCCUCCACGAGCUACUCGACGAUGGCCGCCACGACCAGGCCAUUCGCCUCCAGAACUACUUCGCCGACCCCUCCCGCUUCCCUCCCAACGACAUCUCCCGCCUCAACUCCCUCCCCACCGCCGAUCCCCAAACCCUCCUCCACCUCAAAAACCAAUCCGAACACAAGCUGGCCAUCACCGAUUACGAACUCCGUUUGGCCAACGAAGACAUUGCCAAACUCAAAUCUCAACUGCACUCCCACACCCAACGCCUCAAUCAGCUAUACGCUCCCCAGUCAAACGGAGAUGCUUGGGAGGGACAGAAUCGGGAACCGAAUGGAAACGCCAUGGGACCUCUCACCGACACUGAGCGUCGAGAUCUUAACUGUGCUGUGAAGGAAUAUUUGCUUUUUGCUGGCUACCGUCUCACUGCAAUGACAUUCUACGAAGAGGUUAAAGACCAGAACUUGGAGAACUGGAAUAACACAAAUGCAUCAGGACCACACGCCUUGCGUCAUUACUAUUACCAUUAUCUUUCAUCAACUCCAGUGGUUGCUGAGGAAAACAUUACCCAAGGUCAAGAAAGUAACACACUGUUGAUAGCAAAUGAGAGGUUGAAACAAGAAAAUGAAAGCUUGUUGAAGGAUAAAGAUAUGGCAUAUGGUCAGAUUACAGACUUAACAAAAUCCUUGGAGGCAUUGCACAAAGAUCUUAAAGACAAAGAGAACAUGGUGCAAGUUUUAAAGCAGUCCUUGGAGAAUCAAAGAAAAGAUCUUCAUGCUAGCAGAAUUGAGAUCAGUAAGCUGAAAAUGAAUAUCGAACGAUCUGGUUCAGGAAAUCAUGUGGUUGUUGGUGAUGUUGACAAAUUUCAACUUGCGUCUUCAGAUAAUUACAAGGAAGAAAUUAACAAGUUGCAAAUGGAAGUUGAAUGGUUAAAGGAACAAAACAGAGGAAUUCCUGAACAUGGAAAAUUUGUUGGCUAUGAAAAUGAAACUUUACAUAUAGAAGACACAGAAAUAGAGAUUCAUGAGGACCAAGGUGCAAUUUCUUACCCUAUUGAUGCAGCACUGGAUAUCAUACGCAAUGAAGAUGCUCAAUCAACAACUUCUCGAACUAUGAGCAAAUAUACUGAUAAACACGAAGAUGAACCAUAUGCAUUGUUCAAUCCUGCAAAUGCAAAUAGUGCUUUUGAAAAUAUUGAAAAUAUCCCUGAACAAAAUGUUAGCAAGCAAGAAGAGGAUAACAAGAUAAAUGCAAAAACAGACAAUGCAAAUGAUGAAGCAAUAUCAGAGAAGAUGGGAUUAAGAACCAUUCAGAUACUUGCAGAUGCUUUGCCUAAAAUUGUUCCUUAUGUAUUGAUCAAUCAUCGUGAGGAACUUCUUCCAUUAAUGAUGUGUGCAAUUGAGCACCACCCAGAUAGCAGGACUCGGGAUUCUUUGACCCAUACAUUAUUCAACUUAAUCAAGCGCCCUGAUGAACAACAAAGACGAAUAAUAAUGGAUGCAUGUGUCAGCCUUGCAAAGAAUGUUGGAGAGAUGAGAACAGAAACAGAAUUGCUUCCUCAGUGUUGGGAACAAAUAAAUCACACGUACGAGGAACGUAGACUGCUUGUUGCUCAAUCAUGUGGCGAGCUUGCAGAAUUUGUGCGGCCUGAGAUUCGGGAUUCCCUUAUUUUGUCUAUUGUGCAACAACUAAUAGAAGAUGGUGCCAUUAUUGUUCGAGAGGCUGCAGCUCACAAUUUGGCUAUGCUGCUUCCACUUUUUCAAGGCAUGGAUAAAUAUUUCCAGGUGGAGGAGUUGAUGUUCCAAUUGAUGGGUGAUCGAUCGGGAGUGGUGGUCGAAACUACUCUGAAGGAAUUGGUUAUUGCAGUUGUAAAGUGGGGAAACAAAUUAGACCAUGUUUUGAGAGUUUUAUUCUCACAUAUUUUGAGUUCUGCUCAGCAUUGUCCACCUCUUUCUGUAAUGGAAGGGUGUAUAGAGUCACAUCUACAUGCAUUGGGUGAAAUAGAGCGUUGGAAUAUAGAUGUUCUAUUGAGAAUGCUUGAGGAAUUGACUCCUUUCGUGUAUGAAAAAGCAAUUGAGACAUGUCCUUUCUUGUCCGAAGUAGAAUCUACUCAAGUUGUGUUUUCUACCACAUUGCUUAAAUUGUAUUCAAGGGGGAAUGCUGAAUGGGAUGCAUUUGAAUGGAUGCAUCUUGAGUGCUUUCCCAAACUGAUACAACUGUCGUGCUUGCUACCAUGGAAAGAAGAUAACUUAAGGAGCCGAAUUUCGAAGUUUUUGUUAACUGUUUCUCAAAGGUUUGGGGAUUCCUAUGUGACAUGCAUCAUGCUACCUGUAUUUUUAACAGCACUAGGAGAUGAUGCUGAUUUGAUAUUUUUUCCUAGUACCAUAAAAUCAAGAAUCAAUGGUUUGAGACCAAGAUCUAUUGUUGCGGAGAAGCUCUCGACAUUGUGUGUCCUACCACUUGUGUUGGCCGGUAUUUUGAGUGCUCCCGGAAAACGUAAUCAACUGGAAGAUUACUCAAGAAAGUUGCUUGUAGAAGACAAUUCAGAGGAGAAUCAACCAACAAAGCACACUCCUGAGAUUAUCAAUGCCAUUCGCUUCAUUAGCAUAUUUGAAGAAAAUCAUGGUAUGAUAUUUACUAUAGUUUGGGAAAUGGUUGCUAGCUCUAACGUCAACAUGAAAAUCACUGUCGCCAAGCUUCUAAAAGCUAUUGUGCCAUAUAUUGAUGCAAAAAUUGCUUCAACUCAUGCUUUGCCUGCCCUAGUUACACUUGGAUCUGACCAAAACCUUGAUGUUAAGUGUGCAAGCAUUGAAGCAUUUGGUGUUGUGGCUCAACGCUUUAAAAACGACACGAUAGUUGACAAGAUACGUGUUCAAAUGGGUGCUUUUCUCGAAGAUGGAUCCCAUGAAGUUACUAUUUCUGUCAUUCGUGCGUUGGUCGUUGCAGUACCAAAUACAACAGAACAACUUAGAGAUUAUCUUGUAUCUAAGAUUUCUCAACUUACAGCCGUGCCCGGUACUGCUUCAAGUGAUUUGACACGCCGGCGAGAAAGAGCCAAUGCAUUUUGUGAGGCAAUUCGUGCUCUAGAUGCUACAGAUCUUUCUGCAAGUAGUGUGCGAGAGUUUCUCCUUCCUGCAACACAAAACCUUUUGAAAGAUUUGGAUGCACUAGAUCCAGCUCACAAAGAAGCCCUUGAAAUUAUUAUGAAAGAAAGAACUGGGGAAAGUUUUGGAGGUGCAAGUAAGUCAAUGGGUUCUCAUCUUGGGCUUCCAUCAUCGGUGAGCAAUUUCUUUGGUGAUGGUGGCUUGCUUGGAAAGAGAGACAGCACAGAAGAGAAAGUUGUCUUCCCCAAGGCUGCCACAACACCACAACCACAAGUAGAGGACACUAGAUUAAGGCGCAUCAUGCUUGGACAUUUUAGUGACAUACUUAGGACAAAGGGAAAACAACAUGACCAUUCUCACAACCAAUAAGAGUGUUGUCUCAACAAUAUCCAAUUUUUUUCACUAUCAGAGUUGCAAAUUUCAAUAAAAACUGAUUUUUACUUUCA